CCGCUGUCCCCGCCCAUGCUCAUGCAUAUUCACGUCCUGAAGAUCCGCCCCGCUCUCGCGUGUGUUGAGGAGCCCGCGGGCGCGCACCGGGUGCAGGCAGCAUCGGGUGUGGGCAGCGCCAUGGGCAGCGCGGCCGGGCCGCUCCGGGUGCUGGUGGACAUGGACGGUGUCCUCGCCGACUUCGAGGGCGCGGUGCUGCGGGACUUCCGCGCCCGUUUCCCCGGGGAGCCGCAGGUGGAGCUGCCGGCGCGGAGGGGCUUCUCGGUGCGGGAGCAGUACCGCUGCCUGCGGGAGGACCUGGGGGCUAAGGUAGCCAGCAUCUAUGAAUCGCCUGGCUUCUUUCUAGGGUUGGAUCCAAUUCCAGGAGCCCUUGAAGCUAUGCAGGAGAUGAUCCGCAUGCAGGACACCGAAGUCUUUAUUUGCACGAGUCCUCUCCGGAAAUAUGAGCACUGCAUUGUGGAAAAGUACAAGUGGGUAGAAAAACACUUGGGACCUGAGUUUGUGGAGCGGAUUAUUCUAACCCGAGAUAAGACUGUCGUAUCUGCUGACUUGCUGUUCGACGACAAGGAUACCAUUAGAGGUGCAGAGCUGAACCCAAGCUGGGAGCACAUCCUGUUCACCUGCUGCCACAACAGGCACAUCCAGCUGCAGGCACCACGCAGGCGGCUGCUGUCCUGGGCAGAUGAUUGGAAGUCCAUCUUGGAAAGCAAGCGCAGGCAGUAGUGCAAAAAAGGGAUGCUGUGCUCUUCCCACUGCUGAGGCAACAACCAGCUCACCUGCUGGCAGGGAAACCCACUCCCAGGAGGCAGCGAGCGCUGUCACCCGGGGUAGGGGCACUGCGGGGCAUCGCUCACAGUAAGAAACGAGCUGCCCUUGCUAGACGGGCUGCGGAGCUGACUCCUUUCUGGGUUGCCGGAAGAUUGCAUUGCAUUCAGUUAGUUGGAUGUUUGCUGCUGGUGAAGAGAAACUAUUAAAUACAAGCAGUUGUGGGUU